AUGCCGGUGAUCCAGCGAGCGCUCGAUUCGGGACUGGACGUGGUGCGGAUUCAUCACCUCCCUCUUGCCAUAAGACAUGGUCCGGACGACCUUUUUACCAGGCUAUGGGAGAACAAAGCGGAACACGGAGGUGUCCCAGGCCCGAACACGUAUCUACGUUGUGAUGGUGCCCUACGCGGUGAGACCCUUUUUAAUACUGCCAGGUAUUGCGGGAAGUACGACGCCAUCAAGACCUUGCUGGAAGCUGGUGGAGGUUACUACACGGAUCGUGCUGAGGCGUUAUGGGAUGCAGCGCGUGAUGGAAGUCACCAACUGGUGAAGCUUCUCCUAGAGCACGGCGCCUAUGCCAUGUUAGAAAGAUAUCACAAGAUUUCUCCCCUGUCCGUUACGGCCGGCCGCCACCCUCGGCGCUGUGGUACUCCUUGGUGCGGCGGUUGCGACCACAAGGACAUGAACAACCGUGACGGUUGCCUGGAGACAGCAAGGCUCCUCCUUCAGCACGGGGUAGAAAUCGAGCACAGGGAUGAUGAGGGUCGGACUGCUCUGCAUAGUGCCGUGGCUGCUGGAGACUGUCAAAUGGUCGAGCUGCUCGCCUCAUACGGAGCCGACCCAACUGCCAGAAUAUCCAUCAACGGGCCCACGACUCUCCAUACAGCGAGCUUAUAUGUUGGUCGGCUCGAUAUGACCGAACUUCUUCUGCGUCUGGGCGUCGACGCUUCUGCGGUAGAUGGCUAUGGUCGAAGUCCGCUCUGGAUGGCCAGGUCAGUCAAGGAACCAGUACCAAUAGCCAAGGUUCUCCUAGAGAGCGGCGCUAGCAUGGAAGCCGACAGGGAUGGAAAUACUCCUCUUCACGACGCAGCGAGUAACGGUUCGCUUAAACUGGCCGAGUUUCUCAUUGUUGAGCAUGGGGCCGAUGUAAAUGCUGCCAAUCGUUUGGGCGAAACUCCGUUCCAUGAAGCCGUCGGGCAUAUAAAUCCUAGAGAAAUUGUCAAGCUCUUAGUUGAUCACGGCGCGGAAACCACCAUGACAAAAUCAAGCAGCCGUACACUGUUGGGUGUGGUUAGGAAUCGUACCGCAGACGCGAUCCGUGUGAUGCUUGAAAAUGUCGCAAACGUCAAAGACAUUAUGGGAUGGCAGUAUCUCAAAGACGUUAUGGGAUUGCAGAAGUCGAUGCUACAUGCGGCUCUUGCCCGCGGAUCCCAGGAAAUCAUUGAUUUAAUGAUACAAUUCGGGGGCCAUGAAGGGUACUUGGCAAUCACUGGAGGAGGUCGUCUGCACCAAGGCGCAAUAACUGGAGAUAUUGCGCUGAUGCAGUCGGUACUAGAUGAAGGUGCACCAAUUGACGCAGACAGGGAUAACCAGGGCCGCACAGCUCUCGUUGUUGCCGUCAAGGUAGGGGCCACUGCUUCUAUUGAAUGGCUCCUCAAGAAAGGGGCGAAUGCGAACACACGCGAUGAUGUGUGGCCCAAGCCCACACCACUUCACCUCGCGACUGGUCGAAAUGCGAUACCAGCGGUAGGGUUGCUUCUCAAACACGGAGCCAGAGUAGGACUGAGGGACAAAGAUGGACAGACGGCACUCCACAUGGCCUCGCGCUCUGGUAAAACCCAAAUAGUCAAGAUGCUCCUUGAGUCUGGUGCCAACAUCUGGGAACAGUAUGAAUACGGCAUCACACCCUUGCAGUUGGCCUCGAAAUAUUAUCCCGAUUCUGUGCUCCCGUUGCUCGCUGA